GUUCUCUUGGCUUUCUUCAGCACAGCUUCCUGCUCUCCCAUCACGUGCAACAACCAGUGCUGUCGUUUCGUGGAGGGCUUCCCUGCCAGGCUAAAGAAGCUCAGAGAGGACUAUUUACAAAUCAGAGACUUCUAUGAAGCAAACGAUGACUUGGACACAGCGCUGCUAGACCAGAGCGUCGAGGACUCUUUUAAAAGUCCGUUUGCCUGCCACGCAAUGAACAGCAUACUGGAGUUUUAUCUGAGCACGGUUCUGCCGACAGCCAUGGCCGGAGUGACGGAGGACACCAACAACUUAAAGCCUUACAUGGAGUCCAUACAUCAAAUCUUCGACGACCUCAAGAGGGAUGUCACCAAAUGUAGAAAUUACUUUUCCUGCAAGAAACAGUUUGACAUCGAAAACCUCAACUCUACUUACACUCAGAUGCAGAGUAAAGGUCCAUAUAAGGCCAUGAGCGAGCUGGAUGUGCUGUUUAACUACAUUGAGACAUAUCUGGCUUCUAAACGGCAAAGAAACAGAAUGGCCGCUGUUUAAAGACCUGCUGACCCUAAACAAAAUGUGACCUUGUUCAUCUCGGGAAAAAGAAAAUACAGCCUUGACCUUACACUCUUUUGCAAUGAAUGAGCCAUUAUUUUCAGUGGUAUUAGUGUUGCCACUUUUGUAGCCUGAUGAUCCAAUGUCUUACUCAUCCUGAGACUUCUGGUUUUGUCCUGAGGACAAGUAUCUGUAGUAAGACCAUAUUGAGUCCUACAUAUGAAGUUACAGCUAAAACUGUCGCUAAUGAAGCUGUGAUAUUUAUUUGUAUCAUAUACAAGAUGUAUGUUUUCUUUUAUUUAUGAUGACCAAUAUUGUAUUGUUGUAGAUUAAUAAAUGACUUGUUGAUA